AGAUAGUGGGGGAGAGAGAGAGAGAAGGUCGAAGAGAAAGAGAGAGAGGUCAUCUUGGUAUGACAUCGGACGUGUUUCCCCCACCUCGUUGAAGAAUGAUAGUUUUUCCUGUAUUUCUAGGGCACCAUCGAUCCAAUUUCGUGUCUGUCCUUCUAACGAAGUUUCAGCACCAUGGAUAGCUCCUCCCCUUCUUCAGCAGUGCAAAACGAGAACAGAGAAGAAAAGCACGCAAGCACGCAACUCAAACGGUCCUUUAAUAGAAAAGUUUCUGAACUAUUUCCUUAGUCAAUACUUGCUUUAAAGUGUGUUUCUACCGAUGAUACAUUAUAAAAUAGUGACAAAAUCUAAACUUCUGUGGAGUCAAACCUGGAGAGUGAUUAAUGUAUUAGGUGGAGUUUCGUGUCAGGCUGUGUAGCGCUGUUGGUUUCCUGUUCAAUGCUGAAAUAACUGUGUGCACUGAACGGACAAGGGCUGACUGGAAAUUAAGGAAGAGAAAAUUGUAUUUUAUCCCCGCGCUCAAUAGUUUAGUUGUAUCUCCAGCACGUACCUAUUUAAGUCUUCACCAAGCUUGGCCAGGACCGGGAAUUCGCGCCCUUCUCUCCAAAAGUGUAGACAUUCGGAUACAGGCACAACAACUGGAAUGGAUGUAUAAACUUGUUCUGAGACGUCGUGGCAGAAGAAGAAAUCUAUGAGAAAAACUGCCUUGUUUGGGGGUAUGGUGAAGUGGAUCUUAUGGAAUUUGGUCUCAUUCCUCCUGUGCUGGACUUUUGUUGACGCACAGGGUGGAUCUGAGGAGAGCCUGACAGCAGAGGAGCAGAUGUACAUUCUUUAUGACAUUAAACUCCAGUGCCACCAGAACCUCUCCACCCGCAACCCAGCCGAUGACCUCUGCCCCCCUGGUUGGGAUGGCCUUAUCUGCUGGCCACAGGGUUACCCAGGAGCUGUCACCAAGGUCCUCUGCCCCAGCUACAUCUUCGACUUCAACCACAAAGGUCAUGCCUACAGGAAGUGUGACAUCAAUGGGUCGUGGGUGUUUGUGGAGAGCCUGAACAGGACGUGGCCUAACUACUCAGAGUGUCUGGGCCCUGGGUUCUUGAAGCCAAGCAACGAGAGGGGGAAACAGGACUUCUUUGAGCGUCUGUAUGUCAUGUACACCGUAGGCUACGCUGUGUCCUUCAGCUCUCUACUAGUGGCUAUCUUCAUCAUCGGAUAUUUUAGGCGUCUCCACUGUACCAGGAACUACAUCCACAUCCACCUGUUUGUCUCCUUCAUGCUCCGAGCUGUCAGCAUCUUCGUCAAAGACCGGGUGGUGCACACCAGCGCCGGCCUGCAGGAGUUUGAUGCCGUGCUCAUGGAUAACUUCAAGACUGUGGCCAUGGCGCCGCUGGAUAACUCUCAGUAUAUUGGGUGUAAAGUGACAGUGUUGCUGUUCAUCUACUUCCUGGCCACUAAUUACUACUGGAUCCUGGUGGAGGGUCUGUACCUCCACAGCCUCAUCUUCAUGGCCUUCCUCUCAGACACCAAGUACCUGUGGGGCUUCACCCUCAUCGGAUGGGGUGUUCCAGCUCUGUUCGUGGCAGCAUGGGCAGUUGUCCGGGCAACACUAGCAGACGGAAGGUGCUGGGAGUUAAGUGCUGGGAACAUUAAGUGGAUAUACCAAGUCCCCAUUCUGACAGCCAUUGGGCUGAAUUUUAUCCUUUUUGUGAACAUUGUGCGAGUGCUGGCAACAAAGAUCAGGGAGACCAACGCAGGGAGAUACGACACAAGAAAACAGUACAGGAAGUUGGCUAAGUCCACCCUGGUGCUGGUGCUGGUGUUUGGGGUCCACUACAUUGUGUUUGUGGGGAUGCCUCACACCUUCCAGGGCCUCAGCUGGGAGGUCAGGAUGUACUUCGAGCUCUUCUUCAACUCCUUCCAGGGCUUCUUUGUAUCAAUCAUCUACUGCUACUGCAAUGGAGAGGUCCAAACGGAGAUAAAAAAUACAUGGACUCGUUGGAACCUUGCGUUGGACUGGAAGGUUCCGGUGGUGUGCGGCCGUUACCGCUACGGCUCAGUGCUCACCGGGCUCAACAACAGCUCCAGCAGCCAGUCUCAGCUGGCUGGGGGCGGGCCCGCCAUCCGCUCAACCACCCUCUUCUCCAGCCGUGUCUAUCGUAGCAACGGACCCCCGACACUGUCCACCCACACCACCCUGCCUGGCUACGUCAUCAGUAACUCAGACCCAGACAGCGUCCACCCCUCCAUCCCUGAGGAACCAGAGGAGGGCAGUGCCAAGCAGGUGGAUGACAUCUCUCUGAAGGAGACGAUGCCUGUCCUCAAUAAUAGUACGACCGCAGAUGAUGAUGAGGAGACGUUGUAGACAUGGGGAGAGACGGGAGGUUUUUCUGAAUGUGACUGAGCUGGGAAAAACAACAGGCCUUUGGGAUAGAGACCAAAGACUACUGGCUCCUAGACAUGGGACCACAUGUACAUUCAUACAGAUUAUUGGCACAGGUAGAUACAUACAUGUAAAGACACACACACACACAAACCACAUAAAAAACUGACAAAUAAGAAAAGAUACGUCUCAUCUUUGUUCAUACUCACAUACUGCCCUUUUGUAGCCAAUUGAUUGACAUUUUUGGCAAAAAAAGUAUUGCUUUGUCUACAACGUUUUAUUUUUUAUUUUAUUUCACCUUUAUUUAACCAGGUAGGCUAGUUGAGAACACCUUUAUUUAACCAGGUAGGCUAGUUGAGAACACCUUUAUUUAACCAGGUAGGCUAGUUGAGAACACCUUUAUUUAACCAGGUAGGCUAGUUGUGAACACCUUUAUUUAACCAGGUAGGCUAGUUGAGAACACCUUUAUUUAACCAGGUAGGCUAGUUGAGAACACCUUUAUUUAACCAGGUAGGCUAGUUGAGAACACCUUUAUUUAACCAGGUAGGCUAGUUGAGAACACCUUUAUUUAACCAGGUAGGCUAGUUGAGAACACCUUUAUUUAACCAGGUAGGCUAGUUGAGAACAAGUUCUCAUUUGCACCAGCGACCUGGCCAAGAUAAAGCAUAGCAGUUCAACACAAACAACAACACAGAGUUACACAUGGAAUUAACAAAACACAGUCAAUAAUACAGUAGAAAAAAAGAAAACAAA